AAGGCUGUCGCGUGCGUUAAAAAAAAAAAAAAAAGAAGCAGAUAAAAAAAAAAAAGCGCAGUUAAAGCGCGCGCUCUCACUCACUCCACCUGCCGCACGCUGCGCACGAGGACUUUAGCGCUGUGAGCUUCACACUUUCCCUCAAAACCCCCAGAGAAGAAACAGACCAGAAACACAGGACAUUUGUGGAUCAGAAUAAGUUGGAAGAAGUCGGGUUAUUGGUUUUGUUUUGCUGUUGAAAGAAGCGAGUUAUUUAUCCGACUUCUCCUCAUGGACAGGCGCAUGCGCUGGAGAAAAGUGGAGUUAAAACACCUUCGGUUCUGCACUUCUCUGUUCAUGAAACUUACGCCGUGAAGGGCCUCUUCUUGGCCUCGAACCCUCACAGCUGAUGGAAGUCUUGGAGGAGUAUGCUUACAAUGAAAGCUUCCUCAAAAAUGGCUUCAGUGGCCUCAACACUACGGAUGGCGGCAGAAGGCAUCAGUACAAUUAUUACGCCAUGCUACUCACACUGCUCAUUUUCGUCAUCGUCUUUGGAAACGUACUCGUGUGCAUGGCCGUGUCCAGAGAGAAAGCUCUACAGACCACUACCAACUACCUGAUCGUGAGCUUGGCUGUUGCUGACCUGCUGGUGGCAACCCUAGUUAUGCCUUGGGUAGUAUAUCUUGAGGUGGUGGGAGAAUGGAGAUUUAGCACAAUCCACUGUGACAUCUUUGUCACCCUUGAUGUUAUGAUGUGCACAGCAAGCAUCCUAAAUCUUUGUGCCAUUAGCAUUGAUAGGUAUACAGCGGUUGCUAUGCCAAUGUUGUAUAAUACACGCUACAGCUCAAAGAGGAGAGUCACAGUCAUGAUCUCAGUAGUGUGGAUCCUGUCCUUUGCCAUUUCAUGCCCCCUGCUGUUUGGACUCAAUAAUACAGAGAGCCAUGAUGAAGCCCUGUGUGUAAUCGCGAACCCUGCCUUUGUAGUCUACUCUUCUGUUGUGUCCUUCUAUGUACCCUUCAUCAUCACCCUGCUUGUGUACGUGCAGAUCUAUGUAGUGCUGCGUAGACGGCGGAAACGCGUCAGCACAAAGCGCACGUACCCAAGCAGCAACACGGACAUGGGCACACUGAAGAAAUGCACUCACCCUGAUGAUGUGAAGCUGUGCACUGUUGCUGUGAAGUCCAAUGGGAAUUUCCCUGUUAAUAACAAAAAUAUUUUCAUAAAAGAGGUGGCCAACAAUGAAAAUGAAAGCCAAAUGGAUGAAAUCACAAACCUUAAUCCUCCAGACAAGAGGACACUUGAGCAGACAGGUGAGAGUCAGCAUGGACUUUUGCUUGGUUCAAACCACACUGAAAUAGAUAUAGCACCCUCUGCUCUCGAGCUCAAGCCUUCAAGGAACGGAAAGACCUACGAAGCCUCCAAAAUGGCUAAAGCAUUUGAGACUCAGGUGUCUCCCAGUGGCAAAAUGCAGACGUCAGUGAAGUCCAUCAGCAAGCGCAAAAUCUCUCAGCAGAAAGAGAAGAAAGCUACUCAGAUGUUGGCUAUUGUGCUCGGUGUGUUCAUUAUAUGCUGGUUGCCGUUCUUUAUCACACACAUAGUGAACACGUACUGCCACGUCCCACCAGAACUCUACACAGCUUUUACCUGGCUCGGUUACGUCAACAGCGCCGUGAACCCCAUCAUAUACACCACCUUCAAUAUCGAAUUCCGCAAGGCUUUCAUUAAGAUCCUGCACUGUUGAGAGCGGACUUCUCCAUAAGUGAAGAAAAACACAUGCACCCUGCAUAAAACUCAUUCCUAAAGACUGUUUUAAAAGGGAACUGAACAUGAAGAUUACUGGGAAUGAUAUAAAUGUACAUAUGAUGUUAAGGAUGUAUUAGAAAUGCAAGCAAUUUUUCCAGUGUCAUCUCAUGCAACAAUAAGACAUUUCUGAAUAAUUGCUAUAGAACGGGGGUGUCUUUCAGUAUAAGCUUGACAGUAUUACUUUUGUUUAAUAAUUGCACAAUGAAGGUAAAUUAAACAUCAUUUAGGUUAUAAUAUUGCAGUCUUCAUAGUGGGGAAGAAAAAUUUAAUACACUAAUGCAAGUGUUGAAUCUUAACUGACUACAAAUGACAUAUACAUGUGCAUAUAAAAGGAAUAUGCACAAGGACAAAAAAGUGAUUUUUAAAAAAAAAUAAUAUUAAGGAAAUAUUGAUCCUCAUAUACAUGUUAAUGCUGUGCAUUUGGUCUCAGCUAUCACUAUCAAGAUGCAAUCACUUUAUCUCGAUUCACGAUUUGGUCUUUAGGGUCAAUCUGAUCUCAUGAGAAAUUUGUACUAAGUGCAGUUUGGUUGGAGUUUAAGUUUCAUAUGAAUGAAAUUAUAAGAAAAUGGUAACCAUAAAGCUAACUUUGGUGUAUGGAGUGUGAGAGGAAAAUACCACUCAAGCCAGUGAACCCAGUUUGCAAAAAUUGUGUCACAAAAUGACUGUGCAAUUAUUAAUAAUGUAAGGUGUUGUGUUUUUAUACACACACACACAAAUAAAUUUACUGUAAGCUGUUUAUGCUUUCAAUAACCAUCCAUUCCAUGUGAAAAGCCUGUUUUGAAAAAAUCGAGCAUGUUAUGUUCACAUGUUGUACUAUGACAAAAGCAGAUACAAUUACGGUCUGCAAAAAAUUGCAUCAAUCAAUACUAUGUAAUAAUAUAAUAAAAUAUGGUAAUAAUGAACUUUA